CAAUAAUAAGUCUUUAAUAUAAGUUAAUAAUAAAAGUAUAUUUUAGUCACUACCGUACAUCAGUCAGCAAACUCGUCGACUUGCAGUCUAACACAUGUUGAAUUGCUGUCUAUGUAGGGAACUCUGUAAGUUUGAGACCCGCCCUUCUCUAGAAGAACAUCAGCGAUGUGAAGCUGUUCAUGCAGAUCUCAUGUGGAGCGGAUGAGGUUUAUCAUGUUGUGCUCUCUCGUGAGAACCGAUCGCCUCGCAGUCGGUGUCGGUAGAAAACUUGCACCGCUGAAUGAAUUCAUCUCGCGAGGCAUCAAGUGUCAAUCAGGCGCUUUACACGCGCAGAGCGCCGCAGCGGAGGCUGGAAAACAUAAAACUAUCGAUGAUUUACCGGGACCGAGUCUGACGACCACUGCAUACUGGCUCUUUAUUAAAGGAUAUGCCGAUAAAAGUCACGCAAUGCAGGUGGAGCACAAGCGGCUGUACGGUAACAUCUGGCGUUCUCGCUUCGGGCCGUUUGAUGUGGUGAACGUGGCGAGUGCAGAUCUGAUCCAACAGGUGAUCCGCCAGGAGGGCCGCUACCCCAUUCGGACGGAUCUGUCACACUGGAAAGAGUACAGAGACAUGAGAGGACAGGCGUAUGGACUUCAUGUGGACACGGGUCCUGAGUGGUAUCGUAUCCGCAGUGCUCUGAAUCCUAAAAUGCUGAAACUGAAGGAGGUGGCGGCGUACGCGCCCAUCGUUCACGAGGUCGUGUCUGAUCUCCUGCAGCGCCUGGAGCUUCUGCGUCUGCGCAGUCACGACCAGAGCACCAUCCACGACCUGGCAUCUGAGCUUUACAAAUUUGGUUUUGAAGGAAUCUCUUCUAUUCUGUUUGAAACAAGGUUGGGAUGUCUACAGGAGGAGAUCCCCACGGACACACUGCGCUUCAUAACCGCCGUCAAUGACAUGUUGACGCUCUCUGAGACGGUUCUUUUCUUCCCACGCUGGAGCCGUGGCAUCUUCCCCUUCUGGAAACGCUUCGUCCAGGCGUGGGAUGAAUUGAUAGACGUAGCCCGGAGUUUGAUAGACAAGAAGGUGAAGCAGAUUGAAGCCCAGAUGAGUCGCGGAGAGCAGGUGGAGGGGAUGUAUCUCACUUAUCUGUUGUCCAGCAACAAACUGAGUUUAGCAGAAGUGUACAUCAGCAUCACAGAGCUUCUGCUGGGCGGUGUGGACACGACCUCCAACACACUCUCGUGGACUCUGUACCAUCUGGCUCGAGAUGCGGAGUUACAGAAGCGACUGUACGAUGAGGUCAUUUCUGUGUGUCCGAAGGGUGAGUUGCCCACCACGGAUCACCUGAGCAGAAUGCCCUUCAUGAAAGCCGUCAUCAAAGAAACUCUCAGAAUGUAUCCUGUUGUCCCCGGCAACGGACGCCUGACUGUGGAUACAGAAGUCAUCGUGAAUGAUUAUUGGUUCCCUAAGAAGACACAGUUUCAUCUGUGUCACUACGCCGCCAGUCACGAUGAAAAUGAGUUUCCGGAUGCUGAGCGUUUCAUUCCAGAGCGGUGGCUGAGAGACAGCCCGUCUCGCUCUCAACAUCACCCGUACAGUUCAGUGCCGUUCGGGGUGGGCGUGCGGGCCUGUGUGGGGAAGAGAGUGGCCGAGCUGGAGAUGUACUUUGCUCUGUGUAGACUGGUGCAACAUUAUGAGGUCAGAACAGAGGACGGGGCCCCGACGAUCCAGCCCAAGACUCGAACCCUACUCAUUCCAUCCCAACCCAUUGACCUGCGCUUUCUGCCCCGAGCCUGAAGGGACGCCGCGUGUCGAUUCAUUCUGCACUUUUAAUUCAUUUAAUUCCAAACCUGUUUUCGUGCAACAUCGUCUGUAAAUGUAACACAAAUAGAAAGUAGCAAUCAAAAUAUAAGAAAUCAAGAUGAAAUAUUUCAACAGAUACUUUCAGCUGAGGUGUUGGAGGUCAGCAGUGCAUUUUUAUUAUUAAGGUGUUUUUUAUAAGUAAAUGAAAUAAAUGUAAGGACCAGGCUGUAUGUGCCUUAAACGCAAAGUCAUUAUUGCAGACGAGAGACACACGGUUUACUAUUUCUGUGAUGAUGACUGCAGACGUGCAACAGACAGAUCGACAAAACCUGCUCUUCACUGCAGUCUGUAAAAGUAAAAUAAUUUAUUGCUCUAAUCUGAGUUCUUUAAAGAUCAUAUUCAUUUAGCCUUGUACUUAUUAUAAUAUUUAAUAGAGUAAACAAUCUGACUUGGGUGGUUCAGUAGUGCGGUUUUCCGUUGCUCAAGCGUUGAUGUGGCAUGUGGUUAAGACGUGUGGAUGUGUUGAAACAUGUUGAGCAAUUUAACCAAAUCUCUCUUUUAAAAAAGGAUCAUAAGCAAUGUAAUGGUUAUAAUAGGAAUUGUAUUGGUUUUAAUGGAAGCUGUCUUGGUCCCUGCGUGUCUCUACUGGUAAUGUGUUGCGUUCUGUUGAUGACACUAUUAAAUCCUACUGGGGUACAAGACUCUAAACACACAACUUAAAGAUAUUUUGUGUUGGUUUUAAUGGUUAAAUGUUUUGUAAUUAUAUGUGUAGUGUAGUUUCUAUGGUUUUUAUCAUCAGGGAGGAGCUGUUUGAAGUUAAUUUGGACAACUGAGAAAAAACAAAUAAAUUGAGACUUUAGCCUUACUUAAAUACAAAUGUAUAGUAUCAUGAAAUGUAAGUUACUUUGGAUAUAUAAAUAUAAAUGUAGCCCUAUAUUGACCAAACCAGUUAUUUCCAUCUUUCUCCUAGUUUAACCACAUGCAUUAUUAAAUUUGGGUUUACUUUUUGUGAUGACCUGGUGAGGAAUUUGACAAAAUGUUCAAGG